GCCACACUUUCCAAGCCUGUGCAGGGCAGACUCAAAGACUCGUCGAUUGCCCGUCUGCUCAACUCUCGCUUUCAAAAGGACCCUCCACAUUCCUUCGUCCUUUUCCCCCCUCCCACACCGCACCAGCAAGGAAAUUGGAAGGAAAGGAGCCAUUGCCAGAAUAGCCUCCUCUCCUGCCCUUCCCCUCCCCUGAUCCCCCUCUCUUUUCUUUUUUUUCUUGUUCGUUUUUCUUUUCCUUUUUUGUUUUCUGUUCCCGCUGGUCCUUCCGCGGUGUAGAUACCCCCGAUACCCCCUCCUUGUUGUCCAAGACUGCGUGCCUCGUCGGCUGUUGGUGAUUUCUUCCAUGCACAUGCGCCCUUUGCCUCGCCCUCUGUCGCCGCUGCUGCCUGUCGAAUUCGCCCAUCCGAGUCGCGCUGCCGCUGCUGCUGUUGCUGCUGCUGCCGCCGCCGCCAUCCCGUCGUCGAGCCCCAGCCUUCGUCCUCGCGCCUUGCUUUUCCGCCCCACAUCAUGAACAAGCUGGCAAACAUGCGUCACUGGUCCGAGAGGAUGAGUCCGGCCAACUUUGGCAUGUCGUCGCGUCCAAACGUCCCGAUGCCCGCCAUCCCGCCUCACCAAAAGGUCGCCUCCCAGGGUGCCCCUCCGCAGACGCCUCCCCACGUCCUCGACUCGCCCAUACAUUACUCCUUCAACGUCCCGUUCUCUUCCGACCUUGCCGGCCCCAACACCGAGGACAUCCUGCACGCCACCGCCGACGCCGUUCUCCGCUGGACGCACCCCGAGGACGCCCCCGACGAUGUCCCCGUUUUCGAGCUGCCCGUACACGCCCAGAACCUCGCGAGCCUGCGUAAGCUGUGCAAAGACAUCUCGGCCAGCCCGCUGGACAUCGAGGCACACGUCAUCUCGACCUCCCCGAAGAACAUCAAGGGCCAGGUGACCACCGUCUGCCUGUCGGGCGCGCCCGAGCUGGUCUACCGCACCCGAGAGACAAUAUUAAACGACACCCCCUUGUCUCUUCGUUGCACGACGGUCGACAUCGAUGGCGACAUGAUCCUCGACCCGCAGACGGGUGGGCUCAAGAAGCCCGUGACGGAAACGCUGGACUUCACCUCCAACUUCUGUGGUGUUGAUAUCUUCCUACUAGGCCCGAAGCUGACCCCGCUGGCCGACGGACUGAACGGUGAAAGUGAGGUCCGGAGGGACCAGCGCUGGAGGCUGGCCAUCUACGGCGACUACCUGUCCUCGGAGCACGCGAAAACCCGUGUUUUGAUUCACAUUGAUCAAUUGCUCGGUCGGAUUGUCGACGGCCAACACCUGGAGCUGACGACGCACCAGCCCCUCUGCGGACGCAACCGGAAGAACCUGAAGCUUAUCGAGUCGUCCACCAGGACUGCUAUAUACAUGCCACCCUCGUUUUCCAACGUAUUCCGAUACUGCCCGCCCAACGCCAAGGCCCGCGACCCCAGCCAGAUUCUAAUCACCGGAGAGGACCCGACGCAUAUUGAGCUUGCUAAGAAGAAGAUCCACGACCUCCUCUCGCGGCUCCGCCUCUUUGUCAAGGACGUCGAGAUACCCCCAGAGAAGAUCGACACCAUCCUGCUCAGCCGCAUGGACAAGGUCCAGAAGAUCAGCGAGGCGUUCGGUACACACAUUGCCUUUCCUCCACUGGGAUCACGUCAGACCAUGGUGCGGAUCCAGGGUCUCGAAAACCUGCACAUCGAGCGCACUGCCCGUGAGCUUAUGGCACUGGUCGGCCAAUUCUACAGCGGCUUCUGGUCCAUCACGCAGCCGGAUGGGCGGCAGCACCCCAGCAACCAUGACGUUCGGACCAUGCUGGGGGACAUUUGUGCCAACUCGGAUGCCGAUGUCUCGUUCCAACGGCUGUCGUUCCGGAUCACUGGGUCCGAUGAUGCAGUCAAGGCCGCACUCAUGGUUCUGUCUCAGAUCAAGUUUGCGGCGCAGUCGCAGUACCAAAUCAAGGUCAAGAUCGAACUAGCCAAUGAACACAAGGAAUUUGUCAGUGGCAAGAAGAACGGCAAGAUCAACAAGAUUAUGGGUCAGAGCAGCGUUCAGAUCAUGUUCGAGGGCUUCGGAGAAUACAACUUCAAUAUCGAUGUCAACGCCCAGUCCUACGAGUCCAUGAAGCAGGGCCUUUCACUGGUGGAACAGGAGAUGCCGGCAUCGAUCUCGUUCCAUGUGCCUGAUCAAUACCACAAGCGUAUCAUCGGGAUUGGUGGCCAGCAUAUCCAGCGCAUCAUGAAGAAGCACUCUGUCUUUGUCAAGUUUUCCAACGCCAUGGACCGAGGUGGCAUGCGAGAGGACGACGAUAUCCGGGUGGACAACGUGAUCUGCCGCACGCCGGCACGGAACGCCCAGAACCUCGAGCUUGUCAAGUCGGAGAUCCUGGAGAUGGUUGACCGCGUGGACUCGGAGUUCACCUCGCAGAUUGUCAACGUCGACCGCCUCUACCACCGCCAGCUUCUCACACGUCUCAACGAGAUUGAGGGCCUGGAGAAGAAAUGGAACUGUAAAAUCGUCUUCCCCAGUACCGAGCAGGCCAGCGAUGAGGUGACCGUCACAGGUCCGCAGUGGCAGGUGCCGCAGUGCGUUGACGAAUUCUUGGGCAUGGUCUCGGAUAAUCAUGAGCUUGUGUUGGCUCAAACGCCAUCCUUGAUGAAAUAUCUCGAGUCUCUCGACUUCUCGGCCGACCUCGUGGGCAAGCUGAAGAGCCAGCAUGAGGUCGAGGUGACAGUCCACACCAACAAGGAUGAGCUCACCGAGGAUGGCGAGCCGACCGUGACCCUCCUGUGGACCUUUACUCGCAACAACGCCGGCGGCCUGCGCGACGCCAUCGAAUUCCUUCAGAACCAGUUUGUGACCAGCGGCGUCGAGGCCGCCGUGAUCAAGGGCGCGAUCCCACGCCCCAAGUCCGACACAUUCGAAGAGUCGCUCCCAUUCUUCGACUCCAAGCUUCUCCAGCACGCGCCGACGCCCGUGGCCACCGACUCGCCUACCAAGGUUGCGUUCGGUGACGAGGCGGCGCGCGAGCGCAGCACCAUCUUUGACCGGCUUCGUAAGCCCGGCAGCAUGUCCAGCAUUUCCUCAUUUCUCGACCGCCGCAAGAACAGCUCGCACUCGGGCGUUAACUCGUUCUUCAAGGGGUCGAGCAACGUCUCCAAGUCGUCGCUCAUCUCGAUCGAGUCGACGCGCAGCUUCAACGCCGACCGGAACCCGUGGAACGACAGCGGGGUCAACCUCGCUGACGAGGACCAGCCGUGGUCCGCCCGCGCGUUCGGCAACGGCAUGGACCACAAACUCAUGGUCCCCCAGCCUGGCGACAUGACGCCUCGCCACAAUACCCGGCACUCCGGCGACAGCGGACGGCCAUCCACUUCUCAUUCUACACAUUCAGGAUACCCCGGCCCCAUUGGGCCAUUCCGUUAGAUUCUCUCCUCUUUAGAAGCUCCACGCGACGAAAAUACCCGGCUGGAUAUACCCUGGCGUAAAAUACCCCGGUAGUGUUACCGUGCAUUUCUUUCCCGGUUUGUUUCCCACCUGUUUCUCUGGCUUUAUCUUCCUUGCUUUAGUUUCCUCAUGUUAUCUGAUGUUUCGCUAUCUGUGGCCUGAAUGUUCAUGUUACUGGGCGUCGUCACCGUUUUCCCACCUAUCGUCGUUGCGUUUCCUCGUCUUCCACCCAUCCCUCUCUCAUCAUUUUUACCGUGUGUUUUGCCGUCCAGAUCAUCCGCAUUCAUUCAUACCCGCCUCUCCCACAAGUUAGCGAUGUACUCAUCACGAUUAACGUACGCUCCUUUUAUACCAUAUGAUUUGAUGCUGAGCGCAACAAAAGUGAAUAAAGUAACGUGUCAGCCACUUUUGCUCGCCUUUGUUUGCUCUUCCGUCGUCAUUACCCUAUCCCACCCUGUUACUACUGUCAUGCGAAGCGGGGACCACGGGGGAACCAGAUUGCAAGCGGGCCAUGGGUUUUGUAUCUACCUGGUUUCUGCUGAUUCUGCCAGGUUGAGGAGGCUACAUGAGAUUUUCACACAAAAUUGCGGGCGCGAGGUUCAGCACGAGCAAAUACACCCCGAUAUUGAUUCACGCCUCAGGACGAUACCGUCUCCCCAGCACGCAAGUUAGGUUACCCAAGUAGGCAGGUAAGU